GGUUGACACGCGUGCGCAGAAGAAGAUUUUACUUGAGCAAACAAGGAAUUUGGAACGGUUCAGUGUCUGCUGAUACGUUCGUCCUGUGUGUUACAGCCAAGAAGAGAGAGCAUUUUUCCAGCUAUCAGCGUCUCUGGAAAUGAAGGGGCAGCAAAAGAGCCCAGACCAUGACGGGAAUGUCCCUGUGAUUGAGGAAGGGGCUGUUGCCACUGCAGAGGACCCAUCUGCCAUUGCCACCAUCCAGUCAGCAACGACCUUUUCGUCAGAGCAGCCAAUCAAAUACCUGUUCAAGACUGAGGGAGCUGGAGGCCAGGUGACGUACCGGGUGAUCCAGGUGUCAGAUGGACAGUUGGAGGGACAGGCGGAUGGAGCCACAGCCGUUAGUGUGGUGGCUGGAUUUCCUGCAUCAACACAGCCUGUCACCCAGGCCGUGUUUUCACAGUCUGAGGGUCUGGAGGGAGAUGGCUCUGAGACUCACUACACCUACUACCCUGCCACAAUAUCUGAUGCCACACCCGGCACCAUGGUUACCAGUGUGCAGGCCCCUGAAGCCCUGCUAAGCCAAAACACACCCACAGGGCAGCUCUAUGUGAUGAUGUCACCCCAGGAGGUCCUGGCUGGAUCCAGUCAGAGAACCAUUGCGCCUGGCACACAGACUUACAGCACUAAAUCAGAUGCGCCACGGACCUCUCGAGAUGACAAAAGGCGAGCCCAGCAUAAUGAAGUUGAACGCAGGCGAAGGGACAAGAUCAACAACUGGAUCGUCCAGCUGUCCAAGACCAUACCGGACUGCACUAUGGACUCUACCAAAACGGGGCAGAGCAAAGGCGGGAUCCUCUCCAAGGCCUGCGACUACAUCCAGGAGCUGCGGCAGAGCAAUGCCAGGCUGGGGGACGACCUCAACACACUGGAGAGGCUAAGGAUGGACAACCAACUGCUACGACAAGAGGUGGAGGACUGGAAAUCGAAGAACCAGAUUCUGAGGAACCAGCUCCGGCAGCACGGCAUUGUGGGAGUGGCCAGUGCGGACCCCCAGUGAAUGCGGCGGUUCUGCGGAAAGGACAGAGAGGGGGUGUGAGGAAGGGGACAGCACUGGCUCAUCAGCGGAGAUGACGAGGUCAAAGAAGGAUCCUCUGGACAGCCACAGCUCCGGAUCCACCGUGUAGAUUAUAAUAUACCCAAUAUUUUUUUACAUGUUACUCAAGACACUGCUUCGCUUCAGUAGAUCUGAAACAACUUUAACAACUGUAGGCCCUUUUACGUCUCAAGAAAGACUCACAAACUGUUUUUUUUUUUCUUCUUCCUUCAUGGACAUUGUAAACUUUGGUCUUUUCUACGAUGUGCUCUUCGGGAGGUGAAUUGUCAGCUUGGUCAUUGUCAGGUUUGGUUGAUCAACUCUGCUGGGGGGAAAAAAGGACUACUCUCUCAAUGUGUCUCACUCACGAGGCCUAGUUUUCAUUAAGAUGGAAAUAAUGUGCAUCAUGCUCUCAAAGCUGAAUCUUAUUUCCGAUGGAGGCGCAAAACUAAUAGGAAGAUGUUCAUUUUGGCUGAAUGAUAAAUGAGAAUCAAAACUCAUAAUUAGUGCCUGGAAGAUCCCUAUGCCAGGCCAGAAGGCCUGUUGCAUAAAAAGCCAUCAAGAGACACACAGUUCAAUACUGGUACAAAGGACUAGAAGGGCACUUACGUAUACAGCAAAAGAAAAGUACCCGUAGAAAUAAUUGCUUCAUCCAUAGUCCGCAAAUGCAGACCAGGGAGGCCAAUGCAAGUGAAUACAGAAAGCUGCAGAUAUUUCGACAAUGUCUUGCACCCCAUUCAAUUUCUGUUGUGUUUCUUGCUCCUCUUGAUCCUUUUUUUAUGUCCAGGAUUCCAAGAGAUGAUUUUUCUUUUGCACUGCAUGUACUUCAGCCAUGUAAGACUUAUUAAAUGUAUGUGCCAGUCCUCCAUCAAUAGUGAGGUU